ACACAACACAACACACAAAGCAAAAGACCAAAUAUGAAAAGAGCAGCUGUAGCAAUGUUGGCAAUGAUCGCCAUGGCUCUACUCAUGGUGCACCAAACCGAAGCCAUUAGUUGCGGUGACCUUGCUAACAUGAUCAGCCCAUGUUUAGGGUACCUGCAAUCAGGAGGCUCACCACCGAAGCAAUGUUGUGAUGGCGCCAGGAAGAUUCAGGGUGCCACCCACAGCCAAUCUGACAGGCGAACAGCUUGCAAUUGUGCCAAAAGCGCCGCCGGACAGUUCAAGGUUAGACAGGAUACCGCCUCUAGUCUGCCGAGCAAGUGUGGUAUCUCCACCACCAUUCCCAUCAAUCCUAACGUCAACUGUAACAGAGUGAAAGAAAGGUUGUCUGAUUCGGUGAUUCCUGUAGAGCUGAUAGCUUAUGCCUUAUGUUCUUCUUUCUUAUCUAUUCUUGACUUCUCUAAAGACUCUGAUGAUUCAAGAUUUAGAUCAGUGAUGACUUUGUAUAAAAAGUCAAAAGUGAAAUAA